UAAUAAUGGCCGGAAAAACGGGGUCGACGGCGAGUACAUAUUCACCGUCACCUGCAACGCGCAAAAAGAAGAGAGUCUCCUCUAUUGCUGAUUGGGUUCGCCCCGAUAAUCGUACCUUCUAUCAAUGCCGUCCUGCUUAUCUGAGGACUGGUGCUGUGAGCACAGCAGCAGGAUCAGCAUAUGCAGAGUUUGGAAACACCAAAGUCAUUGUAUCUGUGUUUGGGCCAAGGGAAAGUAAGAAAGCAAUGAUGUACAGUGAUACAGGACGCUUAAAUUGUGAUGUUAGUUACACAACUUUUGCCACCCCUGGUCGUGGGCAGGGAUCAGACAACAAGGAACUUUCUUCAAUGUUACACAAAGCUUUAGAAGGUGUUAUAAUUCUAGAAUCCUUCCCAAAGACUACUGUGGAUGUUUUUGCUUUGGUAUUGGAAUCUGGUGGAAGUGAUCUCCCAGUGGUCAUAUCAUGUGCUAGUCUAGCUUUAGCAGACGCAGGAAUUUUGCUGUAUGACUUGGUUGCCGCAGUUUCUGUGUCUUGUCUUGGAAAGAACCUUGUUAUUGAUCCUGUUUCCGAGGAAGAAAGUUACCAAGAUGGAAGCUUAAUGAUUACUUGGAUGCCUUCACGUAAUGAGGUCACUCAAUUGGCUGUAACUGGAGGAUGGUCGACACCAAAGUUUCACGAGGCAAUGGAGCUGUGCCUUGGUGCUUGUUCUAAACUGGGAGAGGUUAUGCGAUCAUGUUUAAAAGAUGUUGUUACUGAUUCAAAAGAAUAGAGCAUUGUACUUUGUGCUUCUUUAGUCAAGAUUACAGAAUCAGCUAUUAGUUUUCUCCUACAGGGCCUGUAAAUUUUGCCAUUCCAGAUUAAACUUUUUUCACACGGCCUGAUUUUGCGCUGUGGAUUCUGUCAAAUCAAUGGAACAUUUUUUUUUUGGAUAUAUCAGCAAGAAUAUUGAAAAUGA